AUGCUGUUUUUCCCACUCCCGUGCACAUACGCCGUAGUGGAGAUAGACGUCAAGAAGACCCUGGAGUCUCUUGCCGACCCCAUCGCGGAUGCUGCUGGCGCGAGCAUCAAGACAACUAAAUGUAUUGUUUACUUGAACAUGGUACUGCAGUUGCCCUUCCCCGACGACGUGACCUUCAAGUACAUGGUGUACCUCGUCGGUCCCGGUCUGCGCCCCGAGGACCCAGAGCUCUGUAUCACCUCCGACAUGUGCAUCCCUAUUUCUCCGAACACUCAGCAUCCUUUCGCUGAUCGCGAGGCGCUCAAAUCCAACCCCCCGUUCCCAUACCACAACUGCUACCACUGG